CUCGUGCGUUGUUUGUCUCUCUACUUCUCUAGUCUAGCCCCUCUGUCGCUCUCAGACGACGGGUGCGCCGCCGCCGCCGCCCUAAGCCAGGUGCUGACUGCUGAGGCUUUCUUUGGUCUCUUCGCCGGCGACGACACCCGCCAGUAUCCACGGUGUCAUUGCAAGACAAGAUGGUUUCCUUCGAGAUGAAUGACCUCAAGAAGAUUGGGCUUGGCCUGACAGGCUUUGGAAUAUUCUUCUCAUUUCUGGGAAUUGUUUUCUUCUUUGACAAGGGGCUCAUCGCAAUGGGCAAUAUUCUUUUCCUGUCAGGUUUGGGUUUGACAAUUGGUCUGAAAUCAACUAUGCAGUUCUUCACCAAGCCAAAGAAUUACAAGGGUACUAUCUCAUUUGGUGCUGGUUUUUUUCUGGUUCUCAUUGGGUGGCCGUUUUUUGGCAUGCUCUUAGAGGCAUAUGGCUUUAUUGUACUCUUCAGUGGGUUCUGGCCAACACUUUCUGUGUUCUUGCAGAGGAUUCCUAUCAUCGGCUGGAUUUUCCAACAACCAUUUGUGACAUCGUUCCUUGACCGCUACAGAGGAAAACGUGUUCCGGUCUAGCAACCUUUUGCGCAAUAUAUGCUUGCGGUGUAGCAACUAGCAGCCUGUAUUUUUUUAACUACAGUAGCAAACUGAUUAUACCGAUGUCUGAUCCCUCAUGUUUAUAUGUUUUCUUUAGGAUUGCUCUUUGUAAAUUACAGCCCCAAACUGGCCAAAUCAAAGGUCCAUUCCUUUGAGACCAGGAUGCAGGUUCACCCAUGAAAUGGAUCUGUUGAAGAA